AUGAUUGUGGGUUCGUCUGAUGCAAAGGCCCCGGCACAAGAACUGGAGGUAACCAUCAAGUCUGCGCAAGGUCUGCGCGAAGCAAGGCAUGCUGGAACAACAGAUCCUUAUUGUGUUGUCGAAGUGCUGGGAUCCCAAAGCCGGUUCCAGACAAAGACUCUGCAGCGUACUGUGAAUCCCGUUUGGGAAGAGACAGGAACAUUGAUUGUUGCGCGAAAUGGUGUGGUCAAAGUCACCAUCUACGAUUUCGAUAACGCUCUGCAAGAUGAAGUGUUGGGAUGUGUGGAGAUUCCCUCCGGGAGUUUCGCUGACGGAAGUUUCGAGGGAAGGCUGCAGUUGCAGGACGCACAGGCCAAAGGGCAGGCAUCUUUGCAGGUUGGUCUUCGUGUGCUCCGGAAUGUGCAGGCACCGAACAGCGGUUCCACUGCACAAAGCAGUGAAGGAAGUGCAGCUGCUUUGGCUGUGCCGCCUACUCUUUUGCAGGCUUUUCCGGACCUGGCCAUGGUUAUGCCGGAUCCUUUCUCCUUGACGACGGUGCCAAGGACUGUGAAGCCCGAGGAACAAAGGCCUUCGUCGCAAGAAGAGGCACAACAUCUGAUCGAGGCCUACCACCGCUUGCUGGACCAGCUGCUGGCCGCACAGGAGAGCAUCGAAAUGGAUCAGGACAUGUCCCCAGACCACACGAGCAGAGGCAGUGGUUUGACCAUGGCCAUGCUGGCAUGA